AUGGAUAUUGGUGAUGAAAUUGACCUGUCCAUCCUUCAGAGCCACGAUAAAACGUGCGUAAAGAUACUAGAUAAGUCUCCCAGUGUCCAUCUGUAUUCAUUUAACAGUGAAAAAACUGCUUGGGUAACUGCUUUUCCUAUAUAACGCGAUUCCAGGACAAAACCGAUAUCGGCGGCGUGUGCUUUGUGUGUAAGCAUUCUACGAGUCCUUGGCAUUCUUUUGUAAUCUUGAACCGCAAAAAUCCCAAAGCAAAUGUCAGUGAGCCUAUAUCAUGGGAUUUUCAACUGCAAAUCCGCAACCCGUACAUGAUGUACAAGACGGCACGCGGGGCGAUAUUUUCAGUCUGGUUUUUCUCCCCAGAGGACUGCAUGCGAAUAGGAAAUUUGUUAAACAGGUUUGUUCCUGCGCCUUCCAAAGCUUUUGUCCUUAGAUUGCAUGAGCACCGAUCGGUAGGGGAGGGGAACGUCGGCGCGCUCCUCCUCUAUUUUGACGUCGCAGGAUCUGACUCCCGUCAAACUCCUUGCCAAUCAUACUGGUUAUUUUUUCUAAGUGUGUGUCUAAUCUAUUCACAAAGAGAGUUCUGGCAGUCCGGUAAUGUCAAUGAAUGGGCCUGUGCUAAUGGCAGUAUGUGCACUUCGCCUGUGGUCGUGGUCAAUGCUAAUAAAUGCUGGCUCCCGGAGCUUGCGUCAGUAGAUCAUUGAAUUAUGUGGUGACAUUAUGAGGCAACUUUCGGGGUUGUGAAGUACAAGUUGAACUCUGACGAGCUGCAGAAAUAUAGACAGGAAUGGUCAGAAGGUGGGUCGGUAGGUAAUGCACUGCACAAUUACCUGCGUCACUGAAGGGGGCGAACGACUGACUUAAUGACGUACUGGGCUAGAUAGAGCAGAGUACAUAGCAACAAAAGCACCAGAACUCUCUAGUUAGCUUCCAGGAUACCGAUAAAACGUUUAUUCCAAUCCAUCGGCUUUUGUCUUUGCAUCAGGGAUUUGUCAUCGUGCAUAUUUUCUGCAGAUUCAGUGGACCCAAGACUGUACUCUUCUGGCAUUUCGUCUUUACGUAAAUGGACAAUGAUGUUUAGAUGUUGUGCCCUCUUACAAAUAUGUCUUUUCGCAAAGGCGUUGAUUGUUUUUUUCGCACCGUAGACGUUAUGUCCUUUAAGCAAUUGAUCUUUCUGAAUGUCGUCCCUCUAAUUAAAUGCGCUUCUUGCACGUCUUUCGCAUGGAAUCUAAGUCAAAGUCAAUUACCUCUUGAUCUUGCCUCUUUUUCAGACUGCGUUUACACAAACCGACCCAUGACCUUCCCAAUUUCCCCCCUCUUCGGUCCUUGUCAGUCUCCCAAGAUCCACCAAAACCGAUGCAAUCAUCUCCCACUGAUGAUACUGCAAUCGCAUCGGUGUCGGACAGCUUCUCUAAGCUGGUCUCUAUUAUUCGACAAGACAAAGAAGUAGAUACAAUUCCCGCGUUUUCGUCGUCACAAAAAUCGAAACAGUCCUCUGCCAAAGAGUGUCACGAGGAAGCUAGCCCGCCCGCAGACUCCUCUAUAAUAGACAUGCUUAGCACAGCAGCGGCAGACUUCAAGGUAAUUAGUGAGUGCAUAUCCUCUAUCACGUAUAUGAGGUCGAAUUUCUAAGCCACUGAAAGGAAAUUUGUUUAUUUCCCCCUGCAGAGAAAGUCUCAAAAUGGCACGGGUGAGUAAAUAUGAUAAAAUUAUUUUCUAGCUCUCAACCUUUGCCCUUGGUAUUGCAAAGAUUCCCUCGCAGAUUUGUUUGUUGCUUAUUUCGAAAUUUGUCAGAUUCACCAGUUCCUUUUUUGUCCGAUUAUGCAAUUCGACUAUAUAUUUCCGUUCUAGCUUAUGCUUUGGAAAAGUCAAUGAAUGCUGCAAAUUGGUAUUGUCAGAGCCAGCUUACUAGGUUGAAACAGGGGGAACAACAGUGGGGGUAUUACUCCGGUCACCCAUCCUGCGUCGAUUCGCGUGUGGGAGUUUAAUGUCCAAGGUCGCACUUCCUAACUUGGCGUACGUACUGUACCUCAAGUUUCGAAUCCACGAGGACUACAAAUUGCGCAUGAACUCUAACAGAACCCGAGAAUAAUACUUGCCCUCGACAGUUUAGCUGCGUCUUGCUUCUCAUAAAUCUCUUUGUCUAUCCUGCACGUAAGAAUAGUCAGGACUUGCUUUUAUGAAGUUCCUAAUCGUUUGUAAAGUUAUAUGAUAGUAAAUGACCUUUUUCCAGUCUACUAAGGUCGGCAGCAUCAGAUGACCUAAGAACCCGACCUGAAGUCGCUGUGGAUCGAACUCUCAUCCACUUUUGUGUUAAUGAAUCUUUAAUAUCCAAAUGAUAGACGGAAGCCAAUAGAGUUAGGCGAAGCUGCGAUUCUGAGUGAACGAAUAGUCGCACAGUAGAUCCGCGGAGAAGAUCAGCGUCGUCAUGAUCCAUAGCUGUCACUGGCCAGGAUUAGUAACCCUAGUGAUCUUGCUUCAGGCCACCGUGAGGAGUUUUCAUUUUUUCCCAAACCUGACGGAUCACUCAUUCUAAUUCUAACUGACCCCUUAUUUGCUAACCAGGCGUGUGUCCCAUAACCGCUUUAGCCGCCCAACACAGUUACUAUGUUUCACAACCGAAAUGUUCUUUCUUUACUACUUUCCACUUUCCUACUGUUAUGCGAACUGUUUCAAUAAAAAUUUUGGCAGAACCAAAGCAAGAUCAGUCCACGAAUCCACUCCUCAAAGAACUGAAGUCCAUACAAUUUUCGCCGGCUGAGCGCGGUGCUGCUGAUCUCAAAUUGCUUGACAAGUACGUUGUGGUUUUCGACUCUCGCCGCGUACACAGCAUAAUGACGACAUUUUCUCCUCGUUAGUCUGUAACGAUCUUUUUAAGGAGACAACUUCCGAGGUUAUUAUCAAACUUGCUCGCAAAUUUUCAGGCUGUCCGGACUUUACGGCGCGGCAAAACCCAAAGCGGAACCCCCGGCUAAGUGCCAGUUCUACGUUUCCGACCUAGAGCAGGGGCUGCUGCGAUCCGAAAUGGUAAGCCCUUUCACGGCAUUGCGCUUUGCCAGACUUGAAUGUCUUUUUCUGUGACAAAUUAUAAAAGUUUGUUUGUGCCUCUAAUCACAUCUUUUUUAAGACACUAGCAGUGGCCAGCCAGCCAUUUGGUUGAAUUUUUGCAUUUGCGCUCAGGGAAAUUAACUAGACUGAGGAAAUUUAGGCUCUUCUUGUACUCUCGUAAGAAAUUUCAUGAAGGCAGCCGGUUGCAUUCGGCGUAGGUACUGUUUCACAACCAUAAAGAUACUAAAUACGGCAUCAUUUGACCUGGGCUUCAGUAAGAAUCCGUUUCCUGAAGUUCAACGGAUAAAAAUAAGAUUGACCGGGAUGACCGUUGUCAUACCCGAAUUACAGACCGGAGGCUCAGCUCAGGCUUGGGGUUUCGCUGAGUCUAGCACUCCGAGUUCAACCAUUCAAUCAGGCUACGACAGCUUUGGUCGGAAAUAUCCAGAGUGGUGUGUUAGUGCUCCUCACCCAAAAAGCCUCAGCGAAACUCCGAACGCUUCAUUCUUCGAAAUUUGUCUAGGAGAAAUUCGCCAGGCGAAAUUUCGAACUUGGUGAUCAUUGAUAGCGUUUGUCGAACUCUGUCAACCUUUGUGGCUGCGGGACUGAAACUCCACUUCCCAUUCGAUAUCUGACAGCUCGACUAUCGUGUGCCCCACGACGUGGUGGGCACAGGACAGUGAAUCGCACGUGAAUUGAUUGGUAGUUAUAAAAAAAUUGCAUAGGAUCUACCUCAUUCCUUCCUCACCCUCGUGACUGCGGCGACAAAGCAGAGGAUGACUGGAUGGGGACUCGGGAACAGUCACCGACAAAGUUAAGCAGCCCGCCUAUGUGUACCGCACGCAACGUGGUUCCCACACAGUACGCCAGAUUUUCACAGAAAUCGGGACGCCGAUCUCACGUUAGUGAGAGUGCUACAGAGACCGUAUCCAAAAAAAGAGCCACCGAACAUGAUUCCGUCCUGAGAGAACCGAUUUACCUAGUCAUUUGGUAGCCUUUCAAGUCACGACUUUUAUCCCACCAGGAUAGUUUCAAAGCGCGUCAGUCUUUAUAUAGUGAGGGGCACACAGAAGUGCCGUAGGUCGUGCUCAUUCCCUCCUCUCUGUUGUGCCGGUCGACUGUCCGAGCCUGUCGGCCAUCUGGUGCUGGCAUUGGGCACAGUGGCUGGAUGGCCGUGAACCUUACGCCUAGGCGUGCCACCACACCCCCUAUCUGCAACUGCUCGGAUCCAGCACCGCGCAUUCUGCCCACCCCAGUAGGUGCUCAUCCGCGACGUCGCCUCUCCAAAUAGUAUGAAAAAUUUGAGUCACCGGCUUGAGUUUCAAAUGAAUAAGACGGCUGUGUUGAUUAUAUCAGACCUGGAUGGAUACAAGGCUUUACGGGGUCCGGAAUUGAACGCGUUUUCCUUUAAAUAACGGUUGCUUACCACCAACAAAAUAUGCAAUAUUUAUGCGAAGCGAGUUAAGUAGCCAAUUGAAUGGCGUCCAGCAGGGACAUAAAAUACCUGAUGGCGUUGCGCCACAUUGGUUGGACAAAAGUACCAUGUGUGGAGGAACAGGGACCCUGGUGCGUGCAGGAUAGAUACAAUGUCUGGGUCAACCUUCCUCCAAUCUUAUAUAUGGUUUACGCCAUCGACCGGUACUAUUCUUUGUAGCUGCCCUUCUUUAUUGUCCUUUGCCAUACGUGUAUUUUGUUUAAAUCAUUGUGCUUAGGCCGGAGUUCCAGCACAAUGGUAUAUGUAGGGCAUACCUAACCUUGGGCUUCUUUGCCGGUUCUAUCGCUUCCUUUGGGAUAGUUGUUGCAAGUACUUCCAAACUAUUAACACAAAUGGAUUCUUCCUUUCGCCAGACUAUCACUUUGGCAGAAGCUCUACUCAACCAAGCAGAUAAGUUAGCCGGCCAACCCACCGCACCAGCACCUACGUGUACGUUACCUCGAAACCGAUGUCCCAGCUAUUCAAAGCUAGUCUACCCACUCCCACCUAUAGGUUUCCUACUGCCGUCGAAUAAUGUUCUAAUUCCGGAAGCCAUCUCACUGGCAUCGCGAGACUUGUGCUCUCCGACCUUUUCUGUUAAGCACCUGACCUGUUGCCUACACCCUCCCCCCUUAAUGGUAACUAAGCGAUCCCGAUUCUCAUAUAUUCGCAGGCAAUUUCCACAUACGCGACUUCGGCUGCCGUAUCGUCUUUUCAUUGAACUUUCCCAUCUAGAAUAUAAAAGUUAAGAGAAUUGCCUCUUCGUCCUAUUCAACCCGUCUUACGCAUUAGGAUGAGUCACUGAGUGCAUCUACGUCGGACACACAAUGUCCACAGAACACCGCCAAGAGUCCUGGAGCAAGCAAAGUAGCCGAGACAUGCGGUAGCAUCUGGCCCAAACAGAAUGAGCACACCGGAGAACCGACUAAACUGAGGUACAAGUCAUCUGCGGCCGACUCAGAGAGGCUACUUACGGGCGAGCGACGGACAGAUGGUGCGGCCCGCCUGAACCAUGUCGCCUCCAACUCGGCGGCAGGUGAAUCAGACGCGGGAUACCUGGAGGACAACGAUGAUUACGACGAAGAGGAUGCAGUCGGUACACCGUCGCGGGUUUCUGUUUUCCCCACAAAAUCUCCCCACCCUCCCUUUUCACCGAGUACGGUCCUCUCCGCCAUGGGUGUCCCACAUGUUUCGAAGAAAAGCCAACACCAUCAUCAGCCCCCCGGAGACAUGGAGGGUCUCACAAAGGCCCAACUCAAAACAGCCUUACUAUACCUUCUGGAGGUGAGUGUCUUUGGGUCAGACCUGAGUCGCAUUUUGCUUGGGGUUAGUCUACAACAUGUGGCAUAUAAAGCACAUUCCGGUCUUGCCGGUAGACACCGCUGGUGUUCUCAAAUUCAGUUAGGUGAUUUCUUUGCGCCAUCACCGACGGGGUUACAAGACUUAAUUAACGCCGAUAAUUACCAUCCACAUUUCAUGACCCCUAAGACUGUUUACUUGCCCUACGACCAAGGUAACUCCAGUUAGCUUGGUUCACUUAGUUAAUUCCUUGCACUAAAUUACGGCUGUACUUCACUCACGACCCCCCCUUGCCGAAUCCCAAUCUUCUCGGUCAUUAUCGGAGUUUUAUCUUAUUUCGCUCGCUGUCUUUACAGAAUGAUGAGGACUUUCUCACCUCCAUCCAUGAUGGCUAUCUGAGGUGUCUGAACACCCGAAUCAGUCGACGCUAG